AUAAAGUCAGGUCGGUCAGUCAGUUAGUCAUACGCUGCGAAGCGCGUGUUGUCAACGCGCUCGAUAUCUCGAUGCGACGCACACGCACCGCUGCCGCGGCUCAGUAAGUGUUCGUUGGUCAAUGGACCCUGCUCCUUGAUUAAUUGCCCGACGAACUUUGACCACAUUGUGCGCGAAGACAAUCUCUCACGCCAGUCCGCGAUCCUUUGUUUGGCGUGUGGGUUUUUCAAGCGCUUUGCGUUUUAUUCGCGCGCUCCGCUUCUGCUUCUGUCGUUCAACGCGAGCGUGUCACGACGAGAACCGAGCGCAACACGACGCUCGACUGUCACAGAUUAAAGGGAUGCUCUCGAAAUGGAGCUGGAUUGCUCUUAAUCUCGUCAUCGUCUGUGUGAGCACCGCGCCGCAAAGCGAACCUUCCCAAGAAAGCAGCAUCAAAGCUUUUCUGCAUCUGAUCGAGUUGGAGUACGAGGAUACGUGUUAUUCCACAAAUAACGUUCACUGGUCCUUCAUCACUUCGCCUUCCGAUGAGACAUUAUCGAUAUGGGAGCUGCAACAACAGAACGAUGCAAAAUCGAAGAAGACAUACCGACACGAGAUAAACAACACAACAAAGAGUACAAAUAACCCGUCUGUUAAUUAUAAAUAUAGUGUAAUUGAGAAACCUGGCGAUGCGCUGUUACAGGAUGAGGAAUGGAAGAAGCUCGUACACUUUGCCGGUGUCGUCCAGUUGCAAAAAUCAAGCGUCGGUCACGUAAAUAAAUCACAUCGUCAUUCACGUGAAGAUGUGAAAAAAACACUUUCUUCCAAUGAAAAGCCUGAAGUCAAGCAAGCUGCCUGGAAGAGUUGGUAUCAGCAAUUAACGCCAUUAGUACAAAACUACUCGAACAAUUUAUUGCUGGUUGCUAAAGCUGCAGAAGAAAACGGAGCCAAAUCUGUCGAGGAAUACUGGGAGAUGCUGUCGGGAUAUCCUAAUGCGUACGAGAAAAUAAAUAGCGAAUGGAGUCGAAUUAACACUGUCUACAAAACGAUAGUAAAGUUUAUCGGCGCGAACUUGGCUCAAAAGUACAAGAUUAUUGUAAAUGACACAGUUCCUGCUUAUUUGCUUGGUAGCUUACAAGGAUACGACUGGUUAGACGUAUCGCCGGAUUUGCUGCACACUUCAGAGCUGAUCUACGAUAUCAAAAGAAAUCUCUGGAAGAAGAAGUAUGUGGGACGGUCUCUGUACAAAACCGCGUCCAAUUUGGGUUCGAUACUGUUCAAACAAGUUCCACAGGCAGAAUUUUGGGAAAGGAGCGAGUUCAAUCAAACGUGUCCGUCUACCUUGUUGAAUUUUUGUCAAGGCAUAAUGAGAGUGUCCACGUGUUCCGUAGCCAGUGUGAGCAACUUCGUCACGGCUCACAGUGAUAUCGGCAAGAUCUUGUUCAAUCAGAUGACCGUAGAGAGAACUCCUGUUCUCAACAUAGUCAACAGAUAUUCAGGUUUGGAAGAAAGUGUAUCGACGCUGUUUGGAAUAUUAUCCGCGAGUCCUGCGUGGCUGAAUUACACCCAUUUAAUGAACAGCACUAACGACAACGAGCAACGUAUGAUCGCGUCUCUAAUGAUAACAGGUCUUUAUGUGCUUCCGCGAUUGGCCUAUUAUUACGCCGCUGAUCUGUGGAGAUUGAACGCGAUUGCGAAGAACAUUACCGAUCCGACGGAUCUGGUAUCGUCUUGGUGGAACUUCAGAAAUAAGUACGAGGGAGUUUCUUCUGACGACACAGAUAUUCCUACUUUCUUAGACGACAGCUACAUCGUCAGCAACAAACCGUAUCUUUCCAAAAUUCUCGGCACAAUACUAGCUUUUCAAUUGUACGAGUACACCUUGGAAUCGAACGAAGUCAGAUACGACAGCAUCAACGGAAAGUUAAUACAAGCUAACAUAAUAAAAAUGAUUCAACACGGCGGAGAUCAGAAUUGGCCGGACGUUCUCAACAAGUACGUCGAUAUAGACGAUAUAGACGCAACUGCACUCAUCUCGUACUUCUGGCCGUUGGAAGAAUUUAUAGAAGAACACGAGGAAGACUUUGAAUACAAAUCCGGUGACGCGGCAAACGACGAGCUCGAGAAACUGAGGAAACGCAUUCUGAAAGAGAUCAACACACCCACCACAACACCAGCCCCGACCACCACUACGAAGAGAACGACAACAGAAGCCACGUCAUCGUACAAGAUCAAGAGUAACGAGAAAAAUAUGCAAUCGAAAGUGGACAAAUCUCUGGAAGCUAAAUCGUCCGUGUACACUCGGGAAGAUAAACCGAAAACCGUUGGCUUGCCGAUUCAAGAUUCUCUCGACAAAUCGUCACCAAUCAAUGACACGAGCAACGUACCAGACAGCACGCCAAAGAUUAACACUAGUAAAGCGGUAUGGGCUGUGAGUGCGAUUCUCGUUGCGAUAGUCGUCAUCUGCGUCAUUGCGAUAAUCGGUAGGCGACGAUGCCGUAGAACGCCAAAAAAUAGACGUUACGUUUAACGACACAAGAUUUCGUUAGUGAAGAAACAUAAUUUAUUUCUCGCAUUUAGCUGUUAGGGAAAAAUGUUCGAUCGCUUAACCAUAAUUUAUUGCAUCGCAGAAAAGUCAUUUCGUCAUUUAUCACUGGUCUGCAAAAAAAUAAUCAGUUUUCUUGUCUCACGGAUCAAAUUGUGUGAUUUUUACAAAAUCGAAGAUCUUUUCUAUCGCCCAAAGUUUUCGAAUCGUGGAAUUUUUGAGUAUCAACAAAAAUUGUAUUAAAAUAUCAAGAGUUUAGCGAAAAAAAUUCCAAUGUUUUUUUCGCGCAAACUCUAAAAAACAAAAUACAUCACAUGAAACACACAGAGACACUCUCGUGUGAUUAGAUUGUAGACCGAUUAUUUAAUUUUGACGCAUCGUGCACUCCUCAAUUAAUGUUCCUUGUGCUGCGUGUACUUGUUCAUCUUUCGGAACAUUUCGCCAAACCUCUCACUUCCUCGUGAAAAUUUGUCUUUCAUAUCUAUCUCUAGAAUUACGUAGGAUUUGAACCGUCGGUUGUUUGCUCGACGUUACUGAAUAUUGAUACAUCACAUUUUCGACUUAAAUCUCGAUUUAAACUCUAUCGUUCUAAGAUAAUUGCAACGAUUUGCAAACAAAUUAACACCGAACCUUUACCUCGACGACUGGCCGACACUUCCGUUCAUCUCAUGUUGUCUUUAGCACAAAGUUUACAGCGUUUGUACAUAUUUUACAAAUAUCGCUUGAAGAGAGACGUUCGAAGAAGAGAAACAAUGCGGCAGUUAAAUAAAAAUGAAAUAAGAUUUAUAACGUAUACCUCUAAAAUGAUUUGCUCGAUCAUUACGUGCAAGUGACGAUUGAUAAGUAGUCGAAACGACUGCACUUGAAAAAAAAAGAAAGUGAUUUUUCACCAAGACUUAUAUUUCGACUUUUGCAACAUUUAUAAACUAGAUUUAUUCUAGAUAUGAUCACGUGCGAUUUUCACUUCCGAGUCUGAAAGAAUGGUGUGAGAAGUUUUUUCGAGCAUCAACGAAGUUGCAGAAGGCUAUUUCGAGAAAUGGUUCCAUCAAUCGUGAUGUAAGCGCUCUCGAGGAGCGCUGGUGUAUCGUGAGAUGUAAGAAACCGACCGCAUUGAAAAAUAAAUACAUUUAAAAUUCGAAAACAAAUUGUUGUUCACCUUUUCGGAUACUUAUCAAUCUCGUCCCUCGUACGUGUGAAACUUGAUAACUUCGACGUGGUACUUAGCGUAUAAGUAGACUAUUUUUGUACAAUCACUUAGUAUUUUGUCCUCAAGUAUUGCGUGCUCGUGAGUCGUUCGUACAUUGUAAAAAUAAAAUUUAUAUUUUUUAUAAAAGCGUCUUAUCCAAGCAAAUCAACUAAAAAGUACACCGUAGUUAGAAAAACUAUGAUCAAAUGUAUAAUUGAUGCGAUUGUGCCAAAGAGACAUCGCGCAGUUUUUUCUCCUUGUAAUAUUUAAGAAUGUAGUGCGUAAUUUUGUAAAAUCGCGCAAGAGCGAAUUAUAAAAUGUAUAUUGUGU